AUGUUCACUGUCAAAGUCGCAAUCGUAGGAGCUAGUAGCAAAACCGGCCAGUCCAUCGUGAAUGCACUCCUCGAUUCCUCCACGCCGAAAUAUAUGUGUUACCAGACCCCUGAUUUUACCCAACUCCAACAACGUGGCGUAAAAAUCGUUCCAGCAGAUCUCCGCGAACCAUCCGAUAAACUCGUCAAGCUCCUUUCUGGUAUCGACGUUGUCAUCUCAGCUAUCUACUUCGACAGUCUGGAUAAUGAGAUACCCCUCGCGAAUGCUGCGAAAGCAGCCGGUGUCAAGCGAUUUGUCCAGUCUGCGCUGAUGAUCGUUAUCCCACCGAAGGGCGUUGUUGAUUUCCAUGAGAAGAAAGAGGGGAACCUCCAUUACUUCCAGAAAAUACGCCUCCCCUACACCUACAUCGACGCUGACUGGUGGUACCAACUCACUCUCCCGCGACUACCAUCAGGCCGCAUCGACCAUCUCCUUUCUCCCGCGCACAAGGAUUUACCAACUAGUCUCAAUGGUAAUAUGCCAACUGCGCUGGCGGAUUUGAGGGAUGUGGGACGGUAUGUGGCGAGAAUUAUCGCGGAUCCUCGUACUUUGAAUAAAAGGGUUCAUGUGUAUAGUGAGCUCUAUACGCAGAAUAGGGUUCAUGAAGUUGUGGAGGGAAUUAGUGGGGAGAUAAUACGCCGAGAUAUGCUGUGUAUUUGGGAUAUCUUAAUGGGAAGGACCUGUAUCCGGACUUCGAGUAUGUUACGUUUGAGGAUUAUGUGA